AUAAAGAGAGACACAGAGUGAGCUAUCCCACAUCGAGUCAUCUAUAGUUGAUAGUGAAGAGAAAGGACAGACACAGAGUGAGCUAUCACACAUCGAAUCAUCUCUAGUUGACAGUGCAGAGGACACAGAAACAUGAGGGGCAUCUUACUGUCAUUGGUUAUGCUGAGCGUCAUAUGCCUGACUGAUGGCCAACGUCCUGUCAGUUUACUGUGUUCCACUGUGCGAUGUCCGCCAAGACAUGUUUGUAGAGUGAUCCAGCAAUGUGCCAACCCUAUCCUCUGUCCACCAAUACCUAUUUGUGUUCCCUGUGUGCCAAAAGGUGUGGAUGAUUUAUGUAACAGAAAUGGCUUUUGCGACACAUUACUUACUGUCUUUCCUGGCAACCCUUUUAGUUUACAACCCAGGACAUGCCCAGAAAGAAAUUGUCCCUAUGACUCUGUGUGUAUAGUAGAUGGUAUAACAAGAAUGGCACACUGUUGCUAUAACCGGGUACCACUACCCACCACCAAAGAUCCUAUCUGUAUGUGAACUGAUACAGACCGUUUUCAUGUUGGUCAAAGGUGUGAGCUAGUGAUCAUCUGUACAUUAGUAGAUCCUUGUUACCAAGAGUACCAGUGCCUGCCACUAACUCCACAUUUUGGUCUGACAUUAAGUUCGGGGAAAAAAUAAAUUCAACUUCAAUAGACUAA